AUGUGUGAGAGGAGACAUGUUUUGGUUUUCGUUCUGGUGUCGGCGGCGUCUUUCGUCAGCGACUGCACGGCGAAGUUUGCACCGGACUACAUACAUCCAUGCAACAACACAGAGCCAGCAUGCCUAAUAAAAGCUACUCAGGAUGCAAUACCACAGUUCACCAAGGGUCUACCAGACUUAGGAGUGCCGCCACUGGAUCCCUUCGUCAUCGAUGAGCUGCCCAUACAACUGCCCGGCAUCAAGGUCACGUUUUACAACGGAAAAGCUACUGGAUUGAGAAAAUGCCAAGUUUUGAAUGUUGAGGCCUACUUAGAGAAGAAUAUAUUCAAUUUGGAUGUACGAUGCAAUAUAACUAUCAAGGGCAAAUACACAGCAGUAGGGAGGCUACUGCUGUUCCCGAUCAACGGUGAAGGUGACUCUAAAAUCAAAAUAGUGAACUCAAUCAUCAAACUGAACAUCAACACGAGGUACUUCAAGGACGCUGACGGUCGUGAUCACUUCGGGAUCAAGAACUAUAAGUACACGUUCGAUUACGGCGAGAGAAUCAUUUAUACGAUCAACAACCUCUUCAAAGGCAACCCUGAAUUAAGUAACACAGUAUUACAGUUCCUGAAUGAAAAUUGGCGAAUAGUCACAGAAGAAUUCGGGCAACCAGUCGUCGACUAUGCUUUGAAUGUUACCGUCACUACAGCCAAAAAAUUCUUUGACGCCGUACCGUAUGACGAAUUGCUAUAUGUGCCUAUACCUAAGUAUUAA